AUGUUUGGCAUAGGAAAUCGAUCAUCGACCUACUUGUUUUAUAUAGAAAUUGUUUUAUUUUUAAUUAUAAGUUUAAUAUUAAUUAUUUGUGUUUUAGUGAGAGUUGCUUUUUUAACUUUAUUGGAACGUAAGGUAUUAGGAUAUAUUCAAAUUCGUAAAGGACCUAAUAAAGUUGGAUUGAUAGGAAUUCCUCAACCAUUUUGUGAUGCAAUUAAAUUAUUUACAAAGGAACAAACUUAUCCUUUAGUUUCUAAUUAUAUUUCUUAUUAUUUUUCACCAAUUUUUUCAUUAUUUUUAUCUUUACUAUUAUGAAUGUGUAUACCUUUUUUUAUUAAAUUAUUUUCAUUUAAUUUAGGACUAUUAUUUUUUAUAUGUUGUACAAGAUUAGGAGUUUAUACAGUAAUAAUUGCUGGAUGAUCUUCAAAUUCUAAUUAUGCAUUAUUAGGAGGAUUACGAUCUGUAGCUCAAACAAUUUCUUAUGAAGUUAGUUUAGCUCUAAUUUUAUUAUCUUUUGUAUUUUUAAUUAAUAAUUAUAAUAUAUUAAAUUUUUAUUAUUAUCAAGUUUAUUUAUGAUUUUUUAUUAUUUUAUAUCCUUUAGCUUUUAUUUGAUUAAUUAUUUCAUUAGCUGAAACUAAUCGAACACCAUUUGAUUUUGCUGAAGGAGAAUCAGAAUUAGUAUCAGGAUUUAAUGUUGAAUAUAGAAGAGGAAGAUUUGCUUUAAUUUUUUUAUCAGAAUAUGCAAGAAUUUUAUUUAUAAGUAUAUUAUUUUGUUUAAUUUUUUUAGGAGGAGAUAUAUUUAAUAUAUUUUUUUAUUUUAAAUUAAUAUUUAUUUCUUUUGUUUUUAUUUGAGUACGAGGUACUUUACCUCGUUUCCGUUAUGAUAAAUUAAUAUAUUUAGCUUGAAAAAGAUUUUUACCUUUUUCUUUAAAUUAUUUAUUAUUUUUUAUUGGUUUAAAAAUUUAUUUAAUAAAUUUUGUUUAA